AUGGCACUAUCCCUAAUUUUACAUACAUUUUUAUAUUUUCUCUCUGAUGUCAAAGUAGUACAUGAAUACGGAAAAGAAAUGUAGUCUGCUAUUUUAUUUUGUUUAUUUUCAUAUUUGUUGUGGAUAAGUUCUGUUCUUGAUGUUUACAGUUUACGAUGCCGUGUUAUUCAUGUAAGACGUGUAAUUGUCACCCCAACCCUUCAGUACAAUUCUCUCUGCUAGAUCUCCAAUGUAAAUGAUGUCUAAAUCUAGUCUUACUGGUGUUAGGAUACAGAAGGACAGAAAUAAUUUCUUGCUACGAAAGUUAUAAUUUCACAUUUGGUUGAAUACGGCUUUUUCCUUUUGUGUAAAUAAAUAUGCUAAGUAUAACGGACCUAGGAAACGCGUGUGUAAAGACCAGUGGCUAUAUUAUUCUGUAUCAGUUUACAGCUACAGAAAACUACCAAAAAUGUUCUAAUAAGUCAACAUUAAAAUCAAACCAUUAAUUAAAAAUGAUUAAUCUUUGAAAUCGAAGAUUUCACUCUCGAAAGAUACUGAAAAUGAACUUUUGGUAGACACUUCCGAAAUGAUCUUUUGAUAAUAUAUCAUUCUGUACCCUAAGAUUUUUCCGAAUUUACGUGGGUACAGUAUUACCAUUUUAAUCACACGACUACACGUCCUUCUUUGUCAUGCACACACUCUCAUAACCCUACAAUGACAUAAUCUUUAAUAUGAUAAAGUCUGUCAAUUAUUCGGUAGACGGAUAAGACUGUGUGCUGUUUGCUUACUUUCCGUCCCUGAUGAGCAUCUAACCUGGAUCAAACAAGAUGCAUACGGGGAAAUAUUUGGCUAAGAUCACUCUUGGAGCAAUGGUUCAGUUUGACCUUUAGUUAUUUUCAAGGACCCCUGUUUCAAACGUGUUAAAAUAUUUCAAAGAUUUUUUUUCUGAAUAAGCAGGAGUCCUAUGAUAUUUGUCUUGCCUCUUACUAGUGGAGAGGUAUAUCAAGUUUGUUGCAAUAAAUUACAUUGAGAUACCUUUUGUUAGCAUUGGUUAAACGUGUUAACCCUGGUUAGGUCUAGAUUUGUUACAUUUUGCCAGUAUCUUUCAGGAGUGACACACUAUCAAAUCUGUUAAAUAAGAUGACCGUGACUAGCUCAGGUGUAAAUGUCCUCGAACAUGGACAUGUCAUGACAGUUUUCAAAGAAAUAGUUAAGUAUGACGUCAUAAAGUUAUAUAUUGACGUCAUCUCCUCCUACGUUUGACGUAUUUCCAGUGAUUAUUUGAUGCGAAAUUUAGUGACAAACAGUCUUAUUUUACGAAUCUCUAUUGGUGUAUGUGUUGAGUAUUGGCCCCCAUCGGUCGCCCGGCAGUUAACGGGACGGUAAAUCGGCCCAAAUCGGCCCCCAUCAGUUAAAAGGGACGAACAUAUGAAUGAUAUGAUACGUUGUAAGCUGUAAUGCGAUAAGCCUAUGGAAACCAAAACUAAACACAUUUUACAUUAAUAAAUACGGAAUGCAGUCUAUAGACGUAAGUCUCUCUACACAGCAUGUGAAUUCUAUUUUAAAAACGAAAGUACAUCCUGAAACAUCUUAUAACACAGGUAUAGGACAAUUAUAGAGACAUUCCGAGAACUGCCGAUGACGUGCCUAUGUCGUUAUCGCUGGGUACUGACAGGAAAGUGAAUCGUCUGACUGGUCGGGUGGUACACUGAAGAAGACGUCGCCAUAUACAGUGACGAUACACCUAUACAACUGUACAUACGGGCGGUGAGUAAUGAUCAUAUGAGCAGUUAAUCGAGGCUUUCCUGUCACCAUGGCGUCCUUUUUAGAGGACAAAGACAGUGAAAAGAUGAUAGUAGCCGCCAUUGACUUCGGCACUACCUAUUCCGGAUACGCUUUCGCAUUCCGAAACGACUACGCGAACGACGCACUCCGGAUCCAAGGAAAUACCUGGAAUAGUGGAUCUCGAGUUGGUAUAUCCCUUAAAACUCCAACAUGUGCACUCUUCACUCCAGAGCAGAAAUUUCACUCAUUUGGAUUCGAGGCCGAGGACAAGUAUGCAGACUUGGCCAUUGACGACGAGCAUCAUGACUGGUACUACUUCCGGCGGUUCAAAAUGAUGCUGUAUAACAACCCACACAUUUCCCGUCAGUCCACAAUUGAGGAUGACAAAGGUAAACUUAUGAACGCGUUGGAGGUAUUCUCGGCUAUCAUCUUUUACCUAAGAGAACACAUGCUUCGCGCAAUGCACGCGCGAUCGAUCAGUGAAGGUGUCCAGGACGACGAAGUUCACUGGGUCCUUACUGUGCCAGCCAUCUGGUCGGACCAGGCGAAGCAGUUCAUGAGGGAGGCGGCCAAGAAGGCAGGCAUCAGAUCUGACCAGCUCGACAUCGCUCUGGAGCCAGAGGCAGCAUCGAUAUAUUGCAAGCACAUUCCCGUAGGAAAGCGGGGGCAGGAACUAUGUCAGGCAGGCGAGGAUAUUGCCGGCCUGGAAGCCAUCUGUCCUGGCACGAAGUAUUUGGUAUUAGACGCAGGAGGCGGCACCAUAGAUAUCACUGUCCAGGAGGUUCAGGGGGACGGAUCGCUUCACCAGGUCUACAUGGCAAACGGGGGAGACUGGGGAGGCACCAAAGUAGACGAGGCGUAUGAGGAGUUCCUCAUAGAGCUGGUUGGCCCUCAGGUAUGGGACCGAUUCAAAAUGGAAAACAGAGAUGCCUACCUUGACAUCGUUCGCGAAUUUGAAAUUAAGAAACGCACCAUCACGCCUGAAAUUGACCAGAAGAUCACAUUUAAAGUUCCGAUUGCCCUGAAUGAGGUGUAUCAGGACAUGAGAGGGGAAGAACUGCGUCUAUCGGUAUCGGAAGGACGUCGAGGCAGGAAAAUGGCAUGGAUUGGUGACAAGUUGAGAGUGGAUGCCUCUGAAGCAAAGAAACUGUUCGAAACUGCUUGUGGAGCAAUUGUAGAACACGUCGAACGGAUAUUUGAGCAAGAAGACGCGGCUGGAACUUCCAUUAUCCUGAUGGUUGGAGGGUUUUCAGAGUCACCUAUGCUACGACACGCCGUCAGGGAGAGAUUCGGUAGCAGGAAGAGGAUUAUCAUUCCACAGGAUGCUGGUCUCUCUGUCCUGAAAGGUGCAGUUCUCUUCGGGUUUGACACCAGAGUCAUAUCUACUCGUGUAAUGAAACACACUUAUGGUAUACAGACGUCUAAGAAGUUUAGACAAGAGGACCCAGAGAGUCGAAAAACUGUUAAAAAAGGGAUUGUGUAUUGCAAUGAUAAGUUUAGCAAUCACGUUGCUAGGGGGCAGUCUGUUAAUAUAGGGGAAGCAACCGAGUAUCACGACUAUUUUCCAUUGACAGAUGAGCAAACGCGGCUGGCCCUCAGGGUAUUUACAUCAGAAAGAGCCAAACCCAAGUAUUGUGAGACACAGAAUUGCACUUACAUCGGUAAGAUGUUGGUGGACCUCCCUAUGAACCUUCCUGAAUCAGACCGCGGGGUAUCUGUGAGACUGAGGUUUGGGGGAACGGAACUUUCCGUGGAGGCAACUGUAAAGAAAACAGAGCAAACAACAAACGCACAAUUCGAUUUUGGAGUUCUUGAAACUGGAAAAUAAGUAGCUUUAAUUGUAAGCAACUCUUUGCCCAAUUAAAUCUUGUUCGUGAUGCUACAUUUUUAUUGACAGCUGAAAACGAGAACAGUUCCAUGAGCAUAUGUUCGUUAGAUUUGGGGGACUUCGAUUCUUAUCGACAAUAAUUCAGCAAUAAUUGCUUUAUAUGAUGACAAUAUCGAAAUGCAAAUUUUACACAAUUCGGUAAAACACGUCAAACAAAUUCUUAUCAAAAUCAUUAAAGAUUGUCUUUUUGAUAGAAUGGCAGCAGUGUGAUUAACUUCGGAAAGAAACGUUAUCGAGUUACCAAACAUAUAUCACUUGAUAAAUAGUUGGUCAGAUAUCUAGUAAUUCUAUAUACUAUCCAACAUUUUUCUCCCGAAUCAAUUAUAGGCAAUAAUAAGCAACUGGAUUUCUCUAGACAGCCUUGUGUUAUCCGAGGAUACUGGAAACUCGCAAUCGACUGUUGAUGACUGAUGGAGAGACAGCCCCGCCCCUCCCCUACUAACUACAUUUAGUUCUCGAAAGUCCUGCUAUUUAAUGCAAUGAUAAACAAUGUAUCUGAAGAAUAAUAACAAAGGAUCAUACAAUACUUUAUUAAACUUUCACUCAAUUUAAAAGUAUAAAAACGGUUUUGGUACGUGUAUACCGUUAUCACUGAUUAGAAUAUAAUGUUAUAUAAUUCAUAGAAAUAGAAACCAAAUCCAAAACAGGUAUUUCUGCCGAAUAACGUCACACAAACGGACAGAAACAUCCUCUGCAGUAUAAGAGUUAUUUAGAAUACUUUAGUGUACAAAAGUGUAAUUCGAAAAUCGAUAACACUAAGGCAAGAUACGGACAAGGCGAAUAGUUAUACCCAUAUCACCAUCUGUGCUUGCAACCUCCAGACAAAUGAUUGAUUUGGAGGUUUUUCAGACUGCGUUGAAGUUAAGAUGAAUAUGAGGUGGUUUAGAAUGGUACAGUCAGGGGUUUUCCCGAGUUUAAACAUAAUAUGAUUUCAAGUUCGAUGCAUAUUGACAGCCUUUUAUUGAUAAAAUUAUCUUUAAGCUGAUGUACAUUUAAGUGUAAAUAUAUGAGGAAUCCUUUAAAGAGAAGUAUAUAUGCUAUAGCAUAAUUAUGAUAUAUUUCUCUGUAUUAGAUAUUUCGUAUCAUAUAAAAGAUUGUGAGAUAUUAUUUGUAAUAUAUCAUUAGAUAAUGAUUUUAUGAUACAUGAUCGUCAUUGCUCAUUGAAUACAUGUUAUAUUGGCUAUCCACAAUGCUGUGUAUUUUAUAAUAUUAUUCUUUUUAUGUUUGUGCUAUCUAUUUUUGUAUAUAUGUAUAGCAAUCUGAUAAUAAAAUCUUGAAAUAUUAUGCGUGUUUUGGCAAACGUGGUAUAGAUAGACUGAAUGAAGAUGGCACGACUUAAUACGCGUUUGUCGCUCUUCAUUUUGCCUGAAAAUUUAACAAACUAAUUUUCUAAUAACGUAUACAUUUUAGACACACUUAAAGAAGAUAAUUGCCAGUACAAAAAAUAGCUAUGGGUGUUUCGUUAAGGGAAAACAAUUUAAAGAACAAGGGCAAUAGAUAGAAACAAUAAGUAUACGCCAAAGGCCUAAUGUAAACACAAAACAGAACAUUAACGUGUUCACUAUCUACUGUACAUUUUGAGAGUGCUGUCAAUCCACAGCGACCUACGAGUCGGUCUACCGAGUGCGCAAUACAGGAGCGACUGGGACGGGAUUUAUUCGGAAACUUUCUGGGACGUUUUACCUCACAAACAUGAAGAGCAGUUUACAGGUUUCACUAGUUCUGGCAACCCUCGUCUGUAUUAGUGGUAAUGUUGAUGGCGUUACACUUGAAGCCGACCCGCUGGACGACGAUUGUGAUGUCAUUUACGUGGACAAAACUGAAGUAAAGACAACAGAUUAUGUUUGUGAACCUCUCCGGACUGUCGAAUAUAUUUCUCUGUGGGAACGCCUGAUCGCUCGCCUUUACGAGCACCCCAGGGCCUUUAACUAUAUCCAUGGAUUGACGCACAUUGAGAAAGUAAAUCCACAUAUGUCGGUGGGGACUCCGGUUUGCCCAAGUAAAACAAAGAAAAUAUUUGGUUACUUCAAACUUCAUGGACGAGUUCUGUGUUUGGUAGUAAGACCCGACCUCCAACAGGUGGAACACGUGACCUGCGCACAGAAAAGCUGCUGCAACGAUGCUUCACUAUGUCUCGAGAGUGGAUUCUACACACAGAGAUACCUUGUGUUCUGCGAUUUUUUCAUUCCGAGCUUGCAUGAUUCCAUCGACUUAAUCAGUGACGACCCAGGUCUGUGUGACGUCGACGCUCUUCUUGAAGAUCACGAACCCGAUGCACCCAAUGCUCCCAAUGGACCGUCAAAACGUUCCGUCGCCCCCUUUGGAUAUUUCGCUUUCAAGUUUUCUAAAGUACCUUCCACUUGUUCCUGUGGUCAGUGUAAUUGGAUAUAAACCAUCAAAAGAAAAGCUCCAGGUGCAGAUAUAUAAUAAAUUCAAUUCACCUCAUAA